GCGUGGGGGGCGCCCUGCUCGGCUCCCGGAGCCAGUCCGGCCGUGCGAAGGGGUCCCAUCAACCCCAGCCGGGCCCUGGGCCGGUCCCGCAGCGCCCGAGGCCGAUCUCUGCCCAGAGCCAGCGCCUGGCCAAGAGCCGCUGUCAGGCAGCAGCGGCCCCCAGCUCCAGGGGAGUCGUGACUCGCGCACCCCGCCCUCCCCCGCCCCAGGGUACCGGCCUGAGGGCUCCAGCCGGAUAAAAGCAGAGCCGCGGCGACCCCCCGUUUGGCCGAGAGACGCGCGGGGUUGACUAGGGAGCGGGUCGGCACCAUGGAGAGCGCCUAGCGUCCCUGCCCCACGCCCUCUCCCACUUCCCGCCGCCAGCCCCGUCUCCCCGGCCCCCGGCCCCGCUGCUGCCCGCCUCCUUCUCCCCGGAGCCCCCCGGGAGCGCCAGGCCGCCGCUGCCACUCUCGGCGCCGGCGCACGCUGCCUGGCGCUUGCAGGCGGGGGCACUCCCGCGCCGGGACUCUCCCUCCCACACAGCUCGCUGCAGCUCGCCGGCUCCUAGGCACGGCUGGCAGCUCCGCAGAUGGCAACGCCAGGCUCCGGCUUUUGGUCCUUCGGCUCCGAGGAGGGCUCGGGGGAGGCGGAGAACCCCGGCACAGCAAAAGCGUGGUGUCAGGCUGCCCAGAAGUUUACAGGAGGAAUUGGAACCAAACUCUGCGCUUUGCUGUAUGGGGAUGGAGAAAAGCCCACGGAAACCGGGGCGAAGGAGGAGCUGGACUCCGCGGAGAAGACACCGGCCUGUACCUGCACCAACAAGCCCUGUAGCUGCCAGAAAGCGGAUAUUAAUUAUGCAUUUUUACACUCAACAGAUCUUCUGCCAGCGUGCAAUGGGGAAAUAACAACUCUGUCUUUCCUACAAGAUGUUAUGGAUAUUUUGCUUCAGUAUGUGGUGAAAAGUUUUGAUAGAUCAACAAAGGUUAUCGAUUUCCAUUAUCCAAAUGAGCUUCUACAGGAACAUAACUGGGAACUGGCAGACCGACCACAGACCUUGGAAGAAAUUUUGUUGAACUGCAGAACAACUCUAAAAUAUGCCAUCAAAACAGGGCAUCCUCGAUAUUUCAAUCAACUUUCAACUGGAUUGGACAUGGUUGGAUUAGCUGCAGACUGGCUGACAUCAACAGCAAAUACUAAUAUGUUCACCUAUGAAAUUGCUCCAGUGUUUGUACUUUUGGAAUAUGUCACGCUAAGGAAAAUGAGAGAAAUGAUUGGCUGGCCAGGGGGCUGUGGCGAUGGGAUAUUUUCACCUGGUGGUGCCAUAUCUAACAUGUAUGCUAUGUUGAUUGCACGUUUCAAGAUGUUCCCAGAAGUCAAAGAGAAAGGAAUGGCAGCUAUUCCCAGGCUGGUUGCCCUCACCUCAGAGCAUAGUCACUUUUCUGUGAAGAAGGGAGCUGCAGCCUUGGGGAUUGGCACAGAUAGUGUGAUUCUGAUUAGAUGUGACGAAAGAGGGAAAAUGAUCCCAUCAGACCUUGAAAGAAGAAUUAUUGAAGCCAAACAAAAAGGAUUUGUUCCUUUCCUAGUUAGUGCCACUGCAGGAACUACAGUGUAUGGUGCAUUUGAUCCACUCCUAGCUAUUGCAGACAUCUGCAAGAAAUACAAAAUCUGGAUGCACGUGGAUGCAGCAUGGGGUGGCGGGCUGCUGAUGUCUAGGAAACAUAAAUGGAAAUUAAAUGGUGUUGAAAGGGCCAAUUCUGUGACUUGGAACCCCCACAAGAUGAUGGGUGUCCCAUUGCAGUGUUCUGCCCUUCUCGUUAGGGAAGAGGGCUUGAUGCAGAGCUGCAAUCAAAUGCAUGCUUCCUACCUCUUUCAACAAGAUAAACACUAUGACCUGUCAUAUGACACUGGAGACAAGGCGUUGCAAUGCGGGCGUCAUGUUGAUGUCUUCAAGCUAUGGCUGAUGUGGAGAGCAAAGGGAACUACAGGAUUUGAAGCACAAAUUGACAAGUGCUUGGAACUUGCAGAAUAUCUAUAUAAUAAAAUAAAGAACAGAGAAGGCUAUGAAAUGGUGUUUGAUGGAAAGCCUCAGCACACAAAUGUCUGCUUCUGGUACGUACCUCCCAGUUUGCGCAGCAUGGAGGACAACGAAGAAAGAAUGAAUCGCCUUCUAAAGGUGGCCCCAGUGAUAAAAGCCAGAAUGAUGGAAUACGGAACUACUAUGGUCAGCUAUCAACCGCUGGGAGACAAAGUGAACUUCUUCCGUAUGGUCAUCUCAAACCCAGCAGCUACUCAUCAAGACAUUGAUUUCCUGAUUGAGGAAAUAGAACGUCUGGGGCAAGAUUUAUAAUAAUCUGGUCUGCGAGUCUGGUCCAGAAAAAGUUGUCACAAACUGUGCGAAUGUAUUUGUAGUUUGUUCCAAAGUAAAUCUAUUUCUAUAUUGUGGCGUCAAAGUAUAGUACAGUUUAAAAUCAAGAAACAUGCUCCUUUUAAAUCCUCUCUUGAGUUUUAGAAUACCUCUUUAAUAAUUAGAUACACAAAAGGCUGCAUUCAAACAGAUAAGAAAUAACAGAAGAUACUUGCAAUUUCCCCCCAAAUUUUAAUACAGUUAGUAAAUACAUGUUUAGGUUAAAAGUGAUCAGAUUGAGUGGUGCCAAAUUUGCCCCAAAUGGUGACAAAAUCAAAUGGGGGGUGGGGGGGUGCACUAAGAUACAUAAAGUAAAGAAACUGUAUGUUUAAAAGUGAAAAUAUUUUGCCUUUUUCUUAGAUUUAGAACAGAAUUUCUGAUUUACCUAUAGCAACAUUUCAAAUGUAUUUAAAUACAUAUAAUU